CACACUGACACACAGCUCACAGAAAAGCAAUGAAGGGAAGCCUCUGCCACGAGCUCGAGACUGGCCUCCCUGCCGCCGAUGUGUGGGAGGUCUAUGGAAGCCUCCUCCUUGCGCAGCUGAUUCCACAGGUGCUUCCCACCAUUGCCGCCAAUGUUGAGGUUGCAGGAGAUGGCGGGGUCGGAACAAUCUUGCAUGUCACCUUCUGUCCCGGCAUCCCGCUGACAUAUCAAAAGGAAAAGUUCAUCAAGGUCGACCAUGAGAACCUUGUCAAGGAGGCGGUCGUGGUGGAAGGAACCGUCCUGGAUCUGGGAUUUCUGAAGUACCUGAUGCGGUUUGAGAUCGUAGAGAGUGCUGACAAGACUUGCGUGAUAAAGUCAACCCUGGAAUACGAAGUUGCCGACGGUGAUACAAACACCGCAUCCCUCGCCAGCACCGCUACUUUAGCUGGUCUGGCUGAGGCCAUCACAAAUCACCUCAAGGCGCAGAAGAGCGCUGAGAAAACUUCAAAAGAUCAAGCGUCCCACCAGAUCCGUGUUUAAAAUAAGCUCCAUGCAUUUCCUUUGUAAUUUACUAUUCACUGUGUUACUGCUUAUAUUGGAGUAUGAUUAUAAGCUGUUGUUGCUAUUUUCAUCAUGGUACCGCGAAUUUGAAUGUAUUUUUCUUAGAGUGAAUUACACUUUUUACCAUGUACUUGUGUGUUUGUGACA